GAAACAAUCAACUGGGCUUAUCAAGCAGUGCCAUGGCUUAGUGCAAAAUGCUAGUUGCAGGUAGAGUUCUUGGAUUGUUUACUUAAUGAGGAUAGGAUAUUCGGUGCAAGCUACGGCAAAACUAAGUUGGUCUAAUCUAGGCAUAGAAGCAUGCAAGAGCCAAAGGCCAUGCGCCCUACACCAGUGGCUGUUGAUGAGAACACGCCAUGGCAGUGGGAUUUGAGUAAUUCACCCCUAAUAUACGGAUCAUAGACAUGACACAGACACUUCAUGCGCUUCGAGGCUUCCGGUUCUAGGCAUGUGUGAGCUUGAGCUUAUAAAUCCGACAUUUAGUGGAACCGCUCUGUAGGAGCUCAAACGCACUGCUGGUAUAAAACGACUUGCUUCCUCUCUCAAACUGACAGUCACACAUCAUCAACCUACCACAACAACACCAUCCCAUCCUCUUACUGCACAAGUCAGACCCCAUAAGAAAUCCAUCGCAAUGUCUAGAUACACCGCCUCCCACGCUAACCCCCAGGGUCCUGGAGAUGCGCGGCCUACGGCUCUUCAGGUCGUUGAGGACGAAUGCCUCAUCGGCAAGCUCACUGGCAAGGUCGCCCUUGUGGCGGGCACAAACUCUGGUAUCGGUGUCGAAACAGCGCGAGCUCUCCACGCCGCCGGUGCCACUCUCUACCUUACUGCCAGAGACGCCGUCAAGGCCCAGCAGGCCGUCGACAAAGUCAAGAACGGACCCGGCCCCAAAUCGGAUGCGCCCGUCCACGGCAUAGAGCUGCGGCUGGAUUCCCUCGCCUCGGUGCGAGCAGCUGCCAUGGCCUUCCACGAGAAGAGCGACAAGCUUAAUCUGCUCAUCCUCAACGCGGGCGUUAUGGCCACGCCCGAAGGGAGGACCGAGGAUGGCUUCGAGACACAGUUUGGCACGAACCACUUAGGCCACUUCCUCCUCUUCCAACUGUUAAAGUCCGAUCUGCUCGCAGCCUCCACGCCUGAGUUCCAAUCGCGGGUAGUUGUUGUGGCCUCCGCCGGCCAUCGUUACGGCAAGGUCCGCUUCCAUGACUUCAACUUCGAAAAGGACCCUUACGACCCCUGGGCGUCAUAUGGUCAAUCCAAGACGGCCACUAUCUACCUCGCCAACGAGAUAGAAAGACGGUACGGGUCUAAGGGACUGCACGCCCUCCCUGUGCACCCGGGUAUUGUCGCCACCAAUCUCUCUCAGUAUCUCAGCCAGGAGAUAGUAGAGGGGAUGUUAAAUGAUGAAACAAGGCAUAAGACCAUAAAGAGCGAACCCCAGGGAGCGGCCGCGGCUGUUUAUGCUGGGCUGAGUAGGGAAUGGGAAGGUCGAGGCGGCAAGUACCUCAGCAACCUCGUCGACGAGGGACCGGCGGAUACUACGGGAGACUGGUUGAAUAACGAGGUUGGAUAUGCCCCGUGGAUUUACGACGAGGAGUCUGCAAGCAAGCUUUGGAAGGCAUCGAACGAGCUGGUAGGCUUUAAGAGCAAGUGAUAGGAUCAGCCCUAGCACACUCGGUUCUUAGUCUACGUAUCUGCCAUGUAUCCUUCUAGACUAAAACGCAGGAACAGAGCUAGUAGCAUUUAUCUAGUUCUACAUUUAAAUUCAGUUUUAGUGUUUUAGUACCUCUUGUUUUCUCUAUAUACUAUAGUCCUAC